GGCAUCGCCCUUGCUCACUCUUGCAGCCAGCCAGAGGCCAGAGCCACCGCCGGCCAUGGCCGGGCAAUGGCACCCCCAUACAUGCAUGCAUGAGUGGUCGAGCUGUGAGUAGUAUAAGUUACCCCGCCCUCUCCAUCCAGGCAUCCAUCCGUCACCAUACCAUCGAGCCAAUUAUUAAGAGAUCGAGCUCCAUCCAUCCAUCGUCAUAACAGUGAGUAGUAAGCUCGCUUGCAUUGCAUAAUGGCGCGGUGGUCGUCGGCAGCGUCGGCCGCCUUGCUGGGCGCGACCCUGCUUUACAGCGUGAUGGCUCUGACGACGGCGUUGGCGCAGCAGCCGGGCAACAACAUGCAAGUGAUCAACAUGGACGGCCGCCGCAACAGCAAGUUCACCUGCGCCGACACCAAGAAGGACUCGAAGCGGCCCGGGUGCAGGGCCACCUGCCCCACCCGCUGCCCCAAGAAGUGCCUCGUCCUCUGCCCAACAUGCAAGACCUUCUGCUUGUGCGACUUCUACCCCGGCGUGUCGUGCGGCGACCCGCGCUUCACGGGCGCCGACGGCAACACCUUCUACUUCCACGGCAAGAAGGGCCAGGACUUCUGCAUCCUCAGCGACGCCGGCCUGCACAUCAACGCGCACUUCAUCGGCAGCCACAACUCGGCCCUGAACCGCGACUUCACCUGGAUCCAGGCGCUGGGCAUCCGCUUCGCGCACCACAGCCUCUACGUCGGCGCCGCCAGGGCCGCCGCGUGGGACGCCGCCGCCGACCACCUCGCGCUCGCCUUCGACGACGACGCCGUCCUGCUCCCGCGCGCCGUCGGCGCCCGCUGGUCCCCGCACGCCGCGCCGGCGCUGUCCGUCACGCGCACCGCGGACGCCAACGCCAUCGUCGUGGAGCUACGGGGCGUCCUCCGCGUCGUGGCCCACGUCGUGCCCAUCACCGCCGAGGACUCGCGAGUCCACGGCUACGGCGUCGACGCCGGCGACUGCCUCGCGCACCUCGACCUCGGCUUCAAGUUCUACGACCUCACCGACGACGUCCACGGCGUGCUCGGCCAGACCUACCGCGCCGACUACGUCAACAGGCUCAACGUCACCGCCAACAUGCCCCUCAUGGGAGGCGCCGACACCUUCCGCUCCUCGGGACUCUUUGAGGCCGACUGCGCGGUAGCAAGGUUCGGUCGAAACACCGCCGGCACCGGCAUCGCCAUGGUCACUGACGGCGCCAAGUACCUGUAGACGUACAAAAAACCACGACGACGAGCUGAUCGAGAAGGAAGACCAGCAGAACUAUAUAUAACGGUUGUUGUAUUAUUGUUUUAAUAUUCAGACCAACCUAUUGUAAUACGAUAUGCAAAAGGAGAAAUAAUUCAGGACGACGGAGCAUAUAUCGAAUGCACCUACGUAUGUUCUCUGAGAACAAAUAAGCAGAAUCAUAGUUUGGACCUA